AUGGCCUGGGAAAGGAUAGGUAGGAACGCUAGACUUGGAAGGAAGGGUGGCAUUUCAGUCUGGAAGGAGAACAAUGGGAAAGGCACUCUGGAUGGGGAACCGACAGUGUCUUUCUUCAUUACCGAAUUCCCAGACAAGGUGAAUGCUAAAGAGUUGUUUGAGGUGUUCAAGGUGUAUGGAGUCAUAUCAGAAGUCUUUAUAGCUGGGAGGCACGACAAGAGGGGUAGAAGAUUCGGUUUCGCUAAGUUUAGGAAGGUUCACGAUCCUAGAGUUUUAGCGUGUAACCUCGAUAGUAUUGUAUUAGAAGGUAAGAAGAUGCAUGCUAACAUACCCAGGUUUAGUAUGGAUCAGAAGCUGAAGAAUCCAGUUGGUGAGAAGGAGUGGAAGCAUAGCAAACAGAGAAGACCUAGUUACUCUGAGAAGUUUGUCACAGCUGCUAGAUCAUUUGCUAACAUGGUAAGUGAGAGGGAGCCUAAGCCUGGUAGCAAGAUUUGGGGAGGAGGCUCUUGCGCGAACCUUGAGGUGGAUGAAGAUUGGGAACAAAGGUUAAAAAGAAUGAGAGUGGGAAUUGUCAUGGAGGGAGGAAACGCUUUCAACAUCCAAAAGAUCAUUAAUGAAGAAGGUUUUUUCAACAUUAAGGUCAUACCUAUGGGUGCCUCUAAGUGCUUGUUGGAAGACAAUUCAGGUGGUGAUGUUGAGGUAUUCAUCAAAGAAGCUAGGGAUUGGCUGGAGUUAUGGUUCAGUGAGAUUAGACCUUGGGAUUAG